UAAUGUCACUGUUCUCUUUUACAUAAAAGGCACGGACAAUUUCAAAAUCCCUGCCAAAUAUAUUAGAGAUCAUUCACAAGUAUGCUGAACCCGGGACCAGUCUAAAGACCUACAGUGUUCACAAAGUGCAUGGCUUUUGGGAAAAUGUCUCAAGAGAUUUGGGAGUGCCUAAUACAUGUCUUAAUAGGAAAAAAAUUCUCAAGGCAGUCCUGCAGUAUUAAAAGACCACAUCAGGGGUAGAGGGUCCCUUGCUACAGACUGAUUUUCCUACUGCAGAGACAACACUUGGAGAUGAUGUUCCUUCCAUUAAUGAGGAAGACAUUGUUGUUGCGCCAAAGUCUCCACAAUCUGUAGGAAAUGUACCUUUACCUUCAAGAAAAGAGAAUGCACUUAAAAAAACUGCAGAGAGCGGCAUCCAUACCCCAGACACACAAUCCCUCGAGAGUGACUCUAAAUCUUCAUCUUCAAAUGCAAAUACUAAGAGGAAUGAAUCAGAUGAAUCAGCUAAGGUCAACACAGACAGUAGCAGUUCAGAAGAAAGAUUUUUCACAUCUGGUUUGCCACAGCAGAAAGCUUUCUUUUUCAUAAAUGAGAAUGAAUGGAAGGAGUUACGGCAACAUCAGUCAGGAAGACUAUUUAAAGGACUGCAGUGGACAAAUAUUAUUGCUUGUGGAAUCAGAACCCUAAAUCCGUACUGCAGUUUUGGAUUUCAGAGACAGUGUGAAAAAACUCUCUUCAAGAUCAAAGGCACCGGUUUUCAGGUGUAUGGGGUACUGCAGAUUUCAGGACUGCCCUGUCACUGUGGAUGUGGUGGUUUAUGACGAAGAGACACUGAAAGCAGAAGUCGUUUUUAAAGGAGGUGAGGUCUGCCAUAAUAACAAAGAGCUGAAACGGCGGCCUGUGCGUGCACAAUCACGUCAAAGUGCUGGAGAACUCUUCAAAAACAAAUUACCAAGGAGCUUGUACUUGGAGUCUUUACAGAAAGUGCCACAAAAGGUGAUCCAAUCUGGCAACAGGGAUGAUGCUCCAACAAAAGAAGUCUUGAAAAACAUUGCAUGGUCUGAAAGAAAAGCCAGUAGAGCAGAUCCCAACGAGUUGAUUAGCUUACAAAAGAUAAUUCAACAGUAUCAGGACACUGAAAAGGACGUACUGCAGAAGAUUCUGAUGCAUCCAAAGGGCAUAAUGCUAUGGUCUAAGAAAACCUUGUCAGUUUUUCAUCAAAGAUGCAAAGAAGACAUUGUGUACUUUGAUGCCACUGGAAGUAUAAGAAAAGAAAGUGCUGGAAGGCCACCAUACUAUGUGUAUGAGUUGGUUGUCAGAAACCCAUCCAAAGGUGCUUCUCCUCUUCCAGUUGCUACAUAUGUCACAUGUGACCACACUACAGUCUCUGUGACAUACUUCUUGCAGGCCUUUCAGACUGAUCUGAACAAGUCUAGAGGAUCUGCUGCAGAAGUACUAUGUCUUACUCACUGGCCAGCAUUCAGCACAGCAAUUCAACAUUCCCAUUCUUCAUCGAUGCUUGAGCCAUGUCAUGAAAAAUGCCAAGGACCUUUCAUUCCAGAGAACUACAGGCUUGGGAUGCAUGUGUUUGGGCUCCUUGCAUGCUGUGAUAACUUAAAAGACAUGGAUGAUGUUGUCCAUAGUGCAGCAAUAGUGUUUUGCAGUCCUUGUAGUGGAAGGAACGUAACAAAACACUACAACAACUUGAAAAUCCUUAUGCAAAAAAGGGGGACCCUGGAUUUGGAUGAAAAGACUGUGAUUGCUGAGGACUACAAGACUGAUGUUCAGAAUGCCCCCUUGAAGACCCAUUUCCAGAAAAUUGUUGACAAUGCAACACUGGACUGUGAGGGCGAAAGAAACAUCUUUCAUGCACCCAAAUUUAUUGCUGGUCUGGUAAAUCACCUUCUACCACAUGCAACUUUGUGGUCAUCAAUGAUGCUCGGGGAUCUUGGACGUCAUGGUACUGGUCCUGCUUACCAGCAGCUCAGUAAACUCUAUGGUGACAUUCAGCAAUCCAAGAACCAGAAUUUUACACAAGACAACAGAACCCAAGGAAUCAUGGAGAAAAGCCAGUGGGAUUUGAAAAAAAUCCGUAUCCAGAGAAGGAGACUGACAAGACUUGAUGACUUUGUGGAAAUUUAUCAAAAAAUGCACGAUGUCCUCCUGCUUGAAUAUACAGACAUGAAAAAAUCAAGACAAAAGUCUUUUCGCGUGGAAAUGGAGAAAUGGAAAGACAAACGCAUUAAACGGAAAGGUGUGUACGUGUCACCGUUAGUGACAGAACUGCCACUGAAGAAAAAGAAAACCGAGAUAAGUCAUCAUGUUCCCAUUAUUUUCAAUAAUUAAACCUUGUGAUGUCCUCCCGAUUGCCAUACUCCUUUUGUCCUCUGGGGUAAAGCGUCUGCUUUGACUAUUUAUGAAGCAUCAAUUAUAACUUAUAAAUUAUCAUCUGUGGAAUACAGUUUUAUCAAACUGUAUUCCAACCGAUUACCUGAAAUUUUUAUGUUUUUUGACAUUGUAUUACACCUAGGCAUGGGCCUUAGUGAACCCCUACUUUAAUGACAAACAAUGCAUGUCCAUAGGUGACACAAGUGCCGGAGGAAGCUCAGGUUUUUUGCUUUUUGCUGGUCACACCA